GCAGUCAUCGAGUUCUGUUAAAAAAGAAAAGAAAGAAUCAUGAGUCUGUUACUCUUUUUCCAAUUUAUCGGCACAGUUGGAUUACAGCAAGCAAAUAAACAAACAGUUCAAGGGUUCAACAGCACACACCCCACAUAACUGACAUCACACUCUUCUAAAAUUCUCCCCCUUUAUGGUUUUUUUCUGUUCCAUAUUCUUAUCCUUAUCUUCCUAUUACCGCCACCAAAAAUAUUCCAAGCUUCUUUCUUUCUCUUGGCCGACUGAACUGACAUUGAUUGUAUCUGGCCAUGGACUUGCCAAAAUCACAGCAGCAGCAGCAGCAACAACCAUCAGCAACAACGCCCGCACGCUUCACUCUCGGCAAGCAGUCCUCACUCAAGCCCGAAAGAGACCGUCACGAGGAGGAGGAGGAGGAGGAGGAAGUGGCGGGGAUAGACCCAAGGGUUAGGCUAAUGUAUCUAGCAAGUGAAGGCGAUAUUGAUGGAAUCAACGAGGUGUUGUUAGAGUCAGGUACUGAUGUUAAUUUUAAAGAUAUUGAUGGCCGUACUGCUUUACAUGUCGCUGCUUGUCAAGGCUUAACGGAUGUCCUUCAGUUGCUUCUUGAUCGCGGUGCUGAAAUCGACCCUAAGGAUCGCUGGGGGAGCACUCCUCUUGCUGAUGCAAUAUAUUACAAAAAUCAUGAUGUGAUCAAACUUUUAGAGAUACAUGGUGCAAAACCACCGAUAGCUCCCAUGCAUGUCCAAAAUGCCCGUGAAGUUCCAGAGUAUGAGAUUGAUCCUAACGAACUUGAUUUUUCUAAUAGUGUUGAUAUAACAAAGGGAACUUUUCGCAGUGCCUCAUGGCGUGGAAUUCAAGUUGCUGUUAAGACACUGGGAGAAGAAGUCUUCACAGAUGAGGAUAAAGUCAAGGCCUUUAGGGAUGAGCUUGCAUUACUGCAGAAGAUUCGUCAUCCAAAUGUUGUUCAGUUCUUGGGUGCUGUAACACAAAGCAGUCCAAUGAUGAUUGUGACAGAGUAUUUACCUAAGGGAGAUCUUUGUGCAUAUUUGAAGCUAAAAGGUGCAUUAAAGCCAAGAGUAGCUGUGAAGUUUGCACUUGACAUUGCUCGGGGAAUGAACUACUUGCAUGAGCAUAAACCUGAAGCAAUUAUUCAUCGAGAUCUUGAGCCUUCAAAUAUACUGCGGGAUGAUUCUGGACAUCUGAAAGUUGCAGACUUUGGAGUCAGCAAGCUUCUUAAAGUUACAAAAACAGUUAAGGAAGACAGGCCAUGUCAAGAUACUUCUUGGCGAUACGUGGCUCCAGAGGUCUACAGAAAUGAAGAAUAUGACACUAAAGUGGAUGUGUUUUCAUUUGCUUUGAUCUUACAAGAGAUGAUUGAAGGCUCUCCACCAUUUUCAACAAGGCAAGAUAAUGAAGUCCCUAAAGCAUAUGCUGCAAAUGAGCGGCCACCAUUUAGAGCUCCUGCAAAACGUUAUUCACAUGGAUUAAAGGAGCUAAUAGAGGAAUGUUGGAGUGUGGAACCAUUCAAAAGACCAACAUUCAGGGAAAUAAUAACCAGGUUGGAGGACAUAGACAACCGAGUUGCUCAUAGGAGCAGAUGGAAGUUUGGUCCACUUAGAUGUUUCCAUACCUUUCAAGCUAUGCUGAGGAGAGAUCGCCUGAAUCCGAGCAGCUAUUCCUCUCGAUCUAUAAGCAGAUGACCAAGUAUUACAUCAAUAUAGUGAGGGUUUACUUUUCGAGUCAAGGAGUUGUUUUUCUUUUUCUUCUUCUACUGUUUUUCGUUUUGCCUGGUUUUCGAGGAAACAAUAAACCUACCUGUAAAUCUAGCUAGAAUUUGUAAAUCUUUUUCUUGGUACAUUUUUCUGGAAUGUUGAGUUUGUUUAUCCCAUUGGGUUUAACACUUGCAUUGUAAAGAACAGAAACAUCAACUGAUGAAUGAUUCAGGAAAGUGGGUAACAAAGCUUGUAUUGCCCAUCUUUUCUAUGGUAUGAAAUAAAAUAAAGGCAUGGAAGGUCGUUGUAUGUGCA